ACGCCACCCUGCUACUCACACACUCUCAUUUCUCCGAGAACAACAACUGACGAACAGCGGAAGUCAGAGCUGAGAUAGAUCACAAACUAAAGUUACAGUCAGGACAGAAAAAGCUUCGCUCAAAGUGCCAAAAACAACCGUGCGUAAUUACGCAUAAAAAACAAUGAGUGCCACAACAGCAAUGGAGGUGAACGUCGAAGCCAGGCGGAUCCUGGCCGUGUCGAUAAGCAAACUGUACGCGUCCCGGACCCAGAGAGGAGGGCUGAGACUCCACCGGAGCCUCCUGCUCUCUCUGGUCAUGAGGUCCGCACGGGACAUCUACCACUCCUCCCGGGAGAGCGAAGAGUCGAGCGGCGCGCACUCAGCGCCAGAGGAGCCGAUGGACACCAGCUCCAGCCCGGGGGAACAAGCCCGGCUGUCAGAGGCUCAGCACGAGCCACAGCCGGCAUUGAACUCAGCCGAGUUGGCCCCAGAGGAGCCGGAUAACGCUGAGGACUGCUGUGACAGCGACAUCACAGAGGACAAAGAGAACUUGAGCCCGACGAAGCAGUCCAGGAAACGCCGGGGCAAAGCGUCGGCGGCGCCUGACUUCCUUCCCAGCAAGAGGGCGAGGCUGGAGCCCGGAGAGGAGAGGUAUGCAGCCCCAGUGGGCAGCUGUCGCGCCGGGGCCGGGGAGUCCCUGACCACUUUGUCUCUAAAUCGGGUUAUACCUGCCUUCUGAACAGAUGGAGGGAGAAAAUAGCCUCCAAUGAGACUUUGGAACGGAGUAAUUCUCAACUCCUCGUUAACCUAUAAGGGCGGUUUGAUCCCUUUGCGCACCAAGGAGCUGACCUACAUCAGCUGUCCCGGGACAGAGGGAUUACCGGGGCCACGGUGAGAGCUCUCCGGGCAAUCUCAGUGUGCCUGCCGGGCUGGUAAAGCAGCCACAGAGAACAACGAUCAGAGAAGGAGAGGAAGCAGGCCGAAGGGAGUCACAGGCUGGAAAGUUUGAGGAAGAAACUGAAGGGGGACUGGUUGAGUUGCUUUUUGUUUCCUGGUGAUUCACCUUCAGUUAAAUGAGUCCAAACAAGUGACUGCUGCUGACUAAAAGUGUGUGUAUGUGUGAAUCACAGAGAGUGAUGUGAGUCAGUCACAGAACCAGUGAAGUGGUAAAUGGUUGACCACAGAGCAGCACACACACACUCACACAGCCAGGACUGGGGGGAAGUUCCUGCUCUUACACCAUGAUAUCAGCGUCUAACACUGAAAGAGGAAGGACAGACAGACACAUGCACACACUCUACUGCUGCUGUGGACUUUGAUAAAUCGAUACUACUGCUUGGGGACUGUCCUACAUACUGUUCACGUUGUGCUUUGAAAAGAAAACAGGCGGUCCAUGUGGGGUCUGACCCCCAUUAAUCUAACCUUUCUGUGUUUUAACGUCACUGAAGUCGUCUUGUGUGUGUCUGACCUGUGACAUACUGACAUUACCUCACAUUCCAAGCUGCUUUUUUUGUAUGAUUGAAUUAUUGUCGUACAUAUUUGUAAUAAACAUGUUGAAAGGUUA